CUCCUCAUGUGGAGCCUUGCAUUGUUUAGUGAACUUGACCUCUCUCCACCUGGCAAUGGAGGGAGUUUCCAAGCCUAAGCAAAGUUGAGAAAUGGCUUAAAAUCAUAUCUUUCCCCUGUUUCCUUAAACUGAUAUGUUAUAAACUUCCAAAGUUGACAAACUCCGGAUGUCUAAGAGUCAAUUGCUCACCCUUAGAGUGGCUGCAAGUAAUCCCCAGAGAAACUUAUAUUAUUGUUCAAUAAAAUUUAUUUUUUGGAGUGAAACUAUGUUUGGGGAGUUGUGCUUUCUUUUGUACAGCAGAAUCACUAUUCCUGGAGGAGUCUAGGACUUUCCGUUCUCCUCCUUUGCUGAUUUUGUUAGAAGAGUGCAUUCAGUGUAGAAAUAGGGUGUGCAUGUGACCCCACUACCUAUGUGUUUCCCAUCCCUGGGUUGGAGAUACUGGUUUGGAACAUCACUCUGGGCAAGGCAAGAGGACAGCUUUGGGCUUUGCAUGAAGGAAUGGUAUGGGCAGCUCAGGUAUAAAGGUUGCUCUGAAGCUCCAGAAAAGGUAAUUGAAUAGGAGGCAGAAGAAACUCAUUCAGUAGCUGCAGCCCAAAGAGACCUUCUUUUGUGCUGGAAUUACGAAAAUGCAUGAAGGACUGUGUAGGAGGGCUUGUCUUAGUUGAUCUGUGUUGUUUUGGUUGCUUGUUAUUACUAUGCAUGUUGUAUUUUUGUUGUAAGCUGCCCCAAGUCCCUUUGGGGAGAGGGGGUGGGAUACAAAUAAAGAUUAUUAUUAUUAUUAUUAUUAUUAUUAUUAUUAUUAUUAUUAGCGUGGUUUGUAUACAGAAGCAUUUCACUCUGAGUUGCUAGGAAAUGGGACAUCAUUUGGAUUUUCUGCGUCAAAUAUUCAUUUAUAUGUUCCCUUGGGCUUGGAAAAGGAGGGUGGUGUGCCUAUAAGAGAGAGAGCAGAAAGGGGGGAGGUUGAAAGGGAAGAGCUGCAUAUUGCAUAGUGCUCACUCCAACUCAGGGUUGGAUCCUCCUCCUUUUUCUCUCCCUGCUGAGAAGAGAGCUGCCAAUUUGGAGGUGCUUUUCACCUCAUUACUUUGAGGCUCUGUGUGGCUCUGCUCUCUUUAUCGGCACAGCUGCUCUGAGAGCUUAAAGAGCCUCAGGGGGCCAAAAGAACUGGGGAAUUGGAAAGUUUAUAUAAAACGAGCUGCUCUCCACCUCCAGGAGUCUGCAUGAUGAGCGGCUGAGCUGUGGAGAUACAGCAAUAUAUUACCAGAAGGCAAUUAUCCGGCUUUGAAGAGGGUGGACGGGUUGUUCAUCAUCGGCUGGAUGUACUUGCCCCCCCAUGACCCUCACGUGGACGACCCCAUGAGAUUCAAGCCCCUCUUCCGGAUCCACUUAAUGGAGAGGAAGAGUGCCACGGUUGAGUGCAUGUAUGGCCACAAGGGACCCCACAGUGGGCAUAUCCAGAUUGUGAAGAGGGAUGAGUUUUCAACCAAAUGCAACCAGACAGAUCACCACCGUAUGUCGGGAGGAAGGCAAGAGGAAUUCCGGACCUGGCUGCGAGAGGAAUGGGGUCGGACCCUGGAAGACAUCUUCCAUGAACACAUGCAGGAGCUCAUCUUGAUGAAGUUCAUCUACACAAGUCAAUACGACAACUGCUUGACGUACAGGCGGAUCUACCUCCCUCCACAAAGUCCCGACGAUCUCAUUGAGCCCGGCCUUUUCAAGGGGACGUAUGGGAGCCACGGUCUCGAAAUAGUCAUGCUCAGCUUCCACGGGAAAAAAGCCAAAGGAACAAAAAUCACUGGUGACCCCAACAUCCCGGCAGGGCAGCAGACGGUGGAGAUCGACCUGGCGCACCCCAUCCGGCUACCGGACAUCGAAAGCCUGAGUAACUUCAGCGAACUCUCCCGGAUUGUCCUGGAAGUGGAGGAGCGGGUGCGCCGAGAGCAGCAGCAACAGCAGCAGGAAGAGGAAGGCGUCCAGGGAGAGAAGGGUCAGGAGGAGGUGCUUCAGCCGGGGGCCGCUGUGCCGGAAGGGGACGGAGCAGAGGCCCCGGAAGAGGAAGAGGGGGCUGUGGCCGCCCAAACGCCUUCGCCUUGCCCUUUUGUCCUGCCAGGCGGCAUUGCCUCCAGGAACGAAGAUUACCCUCGGACCUGCAGAGCAUGUUUCUACGGCACGGGCCUCAUCGCCGGCCACGGCUUCACCAGCCCCGAGCGGACGCCCGGCGUCUUCGUCCUGUUCGACAACGACCGCUUCGGCUUCAUCUGGCUGGAGCUGCAGUCCUUCAGCCUCUACAGCCGGAUCAAGGUCUCCUUCCAGAACGCGGAGGCUCCUUCCCAAGAUGCCUUUGACGAAAUGCUGAAGAACAUUCAGUUGCUGACCUCAUGAUGCCGGCUGCCUGGGAGCCGAGGGGUGGGGUGGGGGGUACACAGAGAUCCCCAUUUCCCGUAUUGCGAUGAGAGCCUCGGAGCGAGAGACAGCCGCAUGCACUUCUCCAUAUGGCCUUCUUCUCCCCAAAACGUGCUCACACGCGCUCCUUAGCACACUAACCUUACUUCCCCGGUAUAUGUAUAGUUUGUAAUAUAGCUCUGUAUAUUUGAAGGGCUGCUGAAUGAGGCAGCAGCUUCGCAUGCUUGUGGUGGAUUUUGGGUUUAUUAUUUUUUUUUGCAGACCCCCCCCCCCCCCCCCCCCGUCCCCCAAUUUAAAUUAAGACAAAUGAGUCCCUAUCCUGGCAUUCAGUGUAGAUAAUCCAAGUGGAAGUUGUGAGCGUCUGUAUAUGAAACGAAUGAUGGCUUUGGGAUGUUCUCCAUUCUGUCGCUCUGGGCUUCUCUUCUGAGCAUGUCCCUCUGCUUUCAGAAUCAUGAUUGCUUUUUAAAAUUGUGAUCUGAAAUUAACUAAUCAUGGGUUUCGGAAGUUAUUAUGUCCGCCCUUUGGGUCUGGGAAGUUUCUUCUUCAGAUGUAAAUAUUAAAAUGAAAGGCUGGAAUGGAUUUUUGGGGGGCUGCCAGGCCCUGAAUGUCACAAGGAUAAAGGAAAUGGAAAAAGGA